AUGCUCUUCACGAAGCAAAUCGUCACUCUCGCUGUUGCGCUGCUGGGAAUGUCCUCGAUGGUGGCAGCAACUCCGGUGCCUUGCACAGACAGAAUAAGAGACCUAGUCCUCAUGGGCCAACUUGAUCCCAGUGCAUGCUGCAGUUACGGAGUGUGCAAAGGAGACGUCAACAUCCAAGGAGCAUAA